GUUCCCUCCUGUCCUCUCCUGGCAGCCUUUCUUAGCUCUGAAGAUGAAUCAACUUGAGUUGAAACACUUAAGUGGAAGAUGCUGGAGCAGCUGCUUCCACACUUUAAGUCGUUCCCACUUGGGAUUCUCGGAGCACCCCUUGGGGAAAGACAUUUUCUGCUCCUGCUAAGUUGGCAAGGCCUGCUUCCCGAGCCUCCUGAGCAGCGUGACUGCUGGGCCCAGCGCCUCCUGAACGUCCCACCCUCUCCUCCUGAGGGCACACUGGGAGAAUCAUGGGAGAGACAGAAGGGAAGAAAGAGGAGGCUGACUAUAAGCGGCUGCAGACUUUCCCCCUGGUCAGGCACUCGGACAUGCCAGAGGAGAUGCGAGUGGAGACCAUGGAGCUUUGUGUCACAGCCUGUGAGAAAUUCUCCAACAACAACGAGAGUGCUGCAAAGAUGAUCAAGGAGACAAUGGACAAGAAGUUCGGCUCCUCCUGGCAUGUGGUGAUCGGCGAGGGCUUUGGGUUCGAGAUCACCCAUGAGGUGAAGAACCUCCUGUACCUGUACUUCGGGGGAACCCUGGCUGUGUGUGUGUGGAAGUGCUCCUGACAGCACCCACAGCUCUCCUGCCUCUCCUCUGGGCUGGGGAGCAGCCCUAGGCAGAGCCUGGCUCCUGCAAGGAGAGUACAGAGUUUUUUUUGCCCUUGUGUACCAGUUUCCUGAGCCACAUCCAGGUGUGAAUUUUGUGACAUCUCCACUCCCAGGCUCUCCAUUGUCUCCCUCUGAGUCCUGAGCUGUGCACAGGCUUCUCUGUGUGCAUGAGGGGUGGGAUUGUGUGACGGGUGAAGGGGGUGAGGUCAUGGCAUUUUUCUCCUUGAAAUGGACUGGUCCCACCCUCCAUCCCAGGAGCCCAAAGCCCUUCUGCCCCCAGGACUGCUGGGAAGUAUCUCCUCUCAUGAGACACAGGACACUUCUCUCCUUGUCAUUGGGGAAGAGAUUCCCUCUCCCUUCCCCAGCCUAACCCAGAGCUGAACAAACCACCAUUUCUUACUGGACCAGCAGUUCAUAGCCCUGGCUUUGGCAUGAGGAUCACACAGUCUUCCUGUCCCCUUCUCUCUCCCAGCCCGGGCCACACAUCCAUAGCACCUCCAUCAUAUCAGCUGCAUGGCUGAGAGCUGGGCCAUGGUGCAGAGCGAGUUCUCAAGCUGUUGCUGAACUCCGGUGAGACACCUGGGCCAGGAGUGCGCUCACCGUGAGGCCCCCUUAGCAGGGAACCUGGCCUGCCAGGACUUCAUCAGGGACCGCAUGCUCUUUGUACUUCUUACCUUGCUGGCUUUUCUAGAUUCUUUUUGAGUGUGGGGAGAAGGGUUUUAGUAGAAGGGUGAACCAUAUUUUACACAGCAGUCUUAUUUAUAUAAACGUCUUGGUUUUUACAAUUAAAAUGACUAAAAGCUAAA